AUGCAACGUUGCUUUGAGCAAAACGAGGUGGAUUUCUUCUUGGAUAUGGCUGCAAAUGAAUGCCAGAGAUGGCUUGAGGCAACUUGUCGCGAACUUUUCAUCGACAAGGACGAUUUUGUAUAUUCGUUGUGUCACGGCUGUCACUUGAGGAAGAUUGUCAACAAAAUUCUUCCGGAUUGUUUUGAUGUGUCAACGGAACGCUUUAUGAAAGCACCAAGAAAAACUCAGAAGAUUCUUCGAAAUGCCGGUGUUAAACAGAUACAGCUGGAGAAAUACAUUGAAGAUGAGGAUUGGGCGUCGCAAUUACUUCUGAUUUGUUGGAGCCGAUUGAAAGUGCCGUCACAUCGACUGUUUCGUGCGCAGGAUCUGGUCAAAAUCGAUCACUUCAGUGGCCCAUACAAAUCGUUCAUCGAGCAAUCGUAA